GUAAUAUAUUGAUCCAUCCCACGAUCUUCUUUUCUUGGUCGUCUUCUGAAACGCUAAUCGGAUCCAGAAGCCAUGGACAAAAGCAUCAGCAUCACCUCCAACGUUAGCACGACGACUUCCAUGGAAAAGAUCGACCACGCCGCUAGCUGGAUCAGCGCAACCGUAAUAUCCGCUUUCUUCACCUCCCUCGAACGCUGCGCCUGCGUCAAUCUCUCCACCUCUCAUGACGACGACGACGACGACGACGACGAAUCCCAUCACCGUCCUCUCGCUCUCUCCGCCGCUCCUCAUCCAAACGACACCGUUUAGCUCUGUUUUUUAACCUCUGGUAAUUUAUAAAUUUAAUCCCUCGUUUGUUUCUUUUGAUAAUCGAUUGGUGUGGAUUUGUAAUUUCUUGAUUUGAAAAUGUAUGUCUACUGUGUGUAAAUGUGCAUGUCUCAGAAUUUGAUUGUUUUGCGUGUAUCUGACUUUAUAUACUUGGGUUUAAAAUCAGAAUGAAUCAUCGUUUUUGCA